AUGAAUGUAGCAUCGUCGUCUCCAUCGUCUCGCAAACAGAAACGCCUUGGUCCUGCACCAAUAGCCUCAAUGGAAGAUACAUCGGCCGAAGAAAAAGCACAGAUGGAGCAACAAAAUCAUCAUAAUUUGCAACGCUGGUCGCAUGAAAAAUCAUCAAUUGAUUCGUCUCGUGGCUCUCCGACAAAACCAUACGAAGGUCAUUCGGCGCUGAUACCUGCAACACCACGCAUCGACAUCAGUAGAGCCUCAUCCCAUUCAUCUCAUCAUGACAGUAGAGACAGUAGUCCCGAAAAUGUGUUUGAACAGGUCGGUACAGGUACGUUACAAGACUCGGGUGUACUUGGUUUUCGUGAGGAAGACACACUGGACUUACGAAACUCUACCGAGGAACUGCAGUUUAUGGAACCGGAGAAGGGUAAUCGCGAGAAAGAAAAACCUAAUACUCAAAUAAACUACGGUUCCUGCCCCACACAACGUUACUCACCAAUCAUUUGGAAACUAGAGGAACAGCCUAGUCAGUCGCAAUAUCAGUACCAGCAUCAGCAGCAACAUAAUCGUAAAGAUUCUGCUAGUUCUGAGGUAGUGGCAUUCCUGUCCAUUUCUGGACGUACUAGCCGGCUUUCAAGUGUUGGUAGUCAGGGAUCAGCUAACAGCAAACUUUCGGCUACAUCGGCUGUUUCUGGCAUUUCACGGUCACCCUCGCCUCAUAAGAUGCUACUAGAAACCUCUUUCUGCGGUGCGAAACCUCUACAGACUUAUGCCGAAAGUGGUGUUGUUGGAAGUAGUCUGGAGCCGUCUACGGAAAAGAUGCUAGAACAAGUCAUACUGUCCCGAAAGAAAGAUCCGACGGAAGCAGUUCUAGCGGAAGGAGUGCACGUGCUAUCUUCCGCAGGGAUAGCUGGCUCCGCCCUAGGAAAUGGUCACCACAGAGGAGAAAAAGAAAACAUUCCUCAGCAACCACCUCCUGGUGGUGGAGAUGUUCAAACUGCAGCACAACAAAGUACCAUGAUGGGUCAUACACGGCGUAAGUCGGAUUGCGGCAUGAGCACGGCGAACAAUCUAGAGAUACAAAAUAUCAAAACAAAUCAAACAAGCCGUAGCGUUGGCAAUAAGCGUCAUAUUCCACCGCGUGAUUUGAAGAACUCAAUAGUUGGUGUCAUGCCAAGUGGUACAGAGUAUAUACGAAUUAAGCUUAAACCGGAUCAUUGCUACAGCGAUAACGGCAUUGCAGACAACGAACGUGUCGUAGAAAAACCGAAGGACAACAUCCAGGACCUUUCGGUGGCAGCAACCCACAAUCAACAUCGAACACGUGCGUCCAGUGUUACCCGAUCGCCGUCACCCGCAAACCAACAGCAGCACCUUCCCCGGAAAAAGCGUACAUCGACGGCGUCCAAUGAAUCGACCACACUUGGUGGUAAGUACGAUCAAACAACGGAUCAACCUACCGCAUCGGCCAACUCGACACCUUCGAAGCAGAAGCUGGUACUGAAAAUGUUCAAAUCUAAACGGGAACCAAAGUCGAAGUCUCCUUCGCCAAUGGGUUCGGCAGCAGACGGUAUUGGGCAAUCCUUCUCCAAUUCCGCUGGUUACGACCAACAUACGAAAGGCAACAUCGCUGCAGCACGAUCGCCUGGAUCGACAGGAUUACGCUACUAUGACACACCGCUCGAUGGCCAAAGUAUACAUAUUCCACUGCACACGCCGCCAGAGGAACGGCGUUUGGGUUCAUUCCGCAGUGCGGCUGGUGUAACAUCAUCUUCCUUUAUGGAAGCAGCAGCGGCAUCAUCAGGAGGAAGUGCAUUUGAAAGGCAAGUGUCGGUAUCCGCUUCAGGAACACCCACAGGACAUGGCAGUAGCAUUCAAAAACACGCCAAAACACCUAAGCAGCAACGCAUUGCCAAUAUGACAGUUACGAUACAUGAUCGACCCAAGCCAAUGCCACCGCUCAAAUGCUAUAGGAUUGACAAUCCGGACGGUAGUAUUAUAAUUCCACUAAAAUCCCCAAUUGAGGAUAAGGAAAAUAAUUCACAUAACUGGGAGAAUGUUAUUGGGGAGCUAUCACAGCGCAUUGAAAAACAUGUUAGUGAAGAUCUCGAUGAUGGUGAAAAAUGCUCUAAGGCAAAAUCGCACUCAUCGACGAACAAUAAUAUAGAACCUGUAAACCGGAAACAGGAACAAAGGCACGGUAAUCAAGCCAUGCCUCCGCCUCCCCCGCCACCGCCUCCACCACCUGCAUCUAGAGCAAAAGUACCAAAAUCUUCUGUACCUACUUCGACGGAAAACAAGGAAACGGUUGAUAUAGAACUUCAUACAAUGCAACAAAUUAAUCAAGCGCCAACGUCCUCGGUAAGUGUUUCCAUGCGUAAGAAACAGGCGGCUUUAUUUCAAAUGCGUAUGGGUUCUGGCAGUGAGGAGCAGAUAUUCAGCACCACUUUGAAAGAUUACACUAAAGAGAUGAACCGUAACAGCUCAACCGUAAGCCAAAGUUCUGAAACCUCGCUUCAGAAAGCCCAGUGCCAGCAGGUGCAUAGGGGAGACAGCAACAACAUGUUGAUCGACGGUAGUAUUGUUAUUGGUGGCGACGGCACACAAACAAGGAAACUGUUGGCCGGUAAUUGUAGUGAGCAUCCAAUCGACCUAGUGACAGCCCAUAGUGUAACAACAUCAUCUUCACCUCAACAGGUCAUGCAGGCGCAAGGAGCAAUGUUGAUGAAGGAACUACAUGAACAUCAAAAACAGCACCAGUUAAGACAGCAACAGAAGCUAGAGCAACAGCAGCAGCAGCAGCAUCAGCAGCAGCUACAACAAGAAAGAAAGCAGAAGCGGGACAGUUACGGUUCACUUAAGAGUACAGAAGCAAUAGAUGAUGAAGCGGCUCCAAUAGUAUCACGCAGUAGUACUAGCCCAGCCGAAUGUAUUGAUACAAACCAUCACCAACACCAACAUCAAAAUCAUCAUCAUCAGCUUCACAAUCAUGUCCAUCGUCAAAAGCACCAUGAUCAUGAUCAGACGCCAUCGAUCGAACGGCCAGGCUCCAGUGCCACUGUCGACGACGGAAUGGCGUCGUCAGAAAGUGAAAAGGAUUCGGAAUUUGAUUCCGCUUCGAUACAAACGGGACGGCAUGCUCUGCGACCAAAUAUGCUCGUGAUCGAGGAUCACGAAAGUGCUGGUCUAGUCUUUCAAGAAUCAUUCGACGACGAAUUACCAUAUAUUCCCACAACAUUGCCGGAAGAGAAACCGGUUGGCAUCAAGUUGGUGCCAGCAAAGGAGCGCACGCAGAUCGAUUUGAAGACGUAUCCUCUUGAACGACCCCGCUCAACAACACCCAUCCAUCCAGGCUCACUGGAUAAAUAUUGCCAUGAUCGUUCGGCGUCAGCUGGAAUGAGAGGCAUGACGGUACGUUCUACCACCGGUGGAGAUAAGCAAGCAACAUUACACGACUCCACGUCUACACUAAACAGUUCAAAUGUGGCAAAGCUUCGUAUUAGCCUACCGGUCAAAAAGUCCAACGAAGGGACCGGAUCAGGAGUGGGAUCCCGAGUUUUUGAGCAUCGCUCAUCGUUGGGGGCUAUUACAAUGACAACUACAACAGCAGGAGGAAAUGCAGGUGGAAAUACUAGUGUUGCUGGUAGUGGAAGUACGGGUAGACAAUAUCGAUCGACUUCCACAACGACGGCGAUGAUGUCCUCAAUGGUAAUAAGUAACCGCGGAAUUGUAUCAGAAGAUUCACCAACGCCGCCACCACUGCCACCGCGUAAAGCGUCCGCUUCGUCAUCGUCUGCAAACACAGUCACGCCUCCCGGUUACAAAUGGAUCGAUGUGGAAGCUAUACCAGAACUGCGAAAAGCACCCAAACGUAUAACAGCAAUACCACAAAAGCAACAGCAACCAUUAUCGCAAACACGUAACGCCAACAAUGACAGUGCCGGUUACACGAAUGAUCGUCGAGAAACGGCUCUGGAUGGUCAAGUGUACAAUUAUGUCAAUCCGGAAGAUUGCCAAUGCGAAUGCCACGAGCAUGAACGGACAGUCGCCAACUCAAGCACAAGUGUCGGGGCGCAUGACGAUUUGAUGGUCUCUUCAGUCGAAUUGGCUGAUGAUUGUAGGCCUCUGUUGCGCUCGUCCUCGUCUUCUUUAACAGCGGCUCCAGCAAGCACUACUCCUAUGUUAGAUGAAUGCCCAACGGAUCAAAAAGUGAGACCAGAAAGCGUGGUGCCAGAUAGUGACGGAUAAAAUCAUGGCAAAUAUUGCUCUUCGACUACUCACAAACUGGUCUGAGUUUCCUUUCCUUACCUUUCAGAAGCGGCACAUCUGCAUUGAUGCGAAUAUUAUGCCAAGAUCGUCUUUAGAAAAGGUAAAGUGAAGGACGAAGCUCGAGCAAAAAGCAAAAACCGAUGUAGUUUAUGAAGCGUGUUAUCUAUCGAUGCCGCCUUAACUACGGCACCCUUGUGCAAGUAAGAAAAACUAAUAGUUGAUAAUUUGAACCACGUAAAACAGCAACAAAAAUCCAUUUAACAUUAAUUUCAUACUUGUAUACUCCAAUAUGCUACACUCGCAAUAUGCUCGGACCAUAGAUAACAACACGUUACGAUGUAAUAACACUUAAGGAAUCGCAUACACAGUGGUAACAAUAAAACACAAUUGGAAGCAACAUUUAAGAGGACAUAUUGACAUUUGAGGUACUUAACAAUGCUGUUGAUUGUGUAUUACACAUGUAGUAAUUAAAACAAGCGGAAUUCGCAAUGGUCUACACUACCAUUUACUUGCUCCUGACCAUCAAUUUGUCCUCGUCCUCGCACCAGAAAUGAACGGACACCCGCAGAGGAGAUGUGGAAAUGUUUAGCUAAGCUGUGCAUGUGGCAUGAUUCGGUGCAAAAUGUUGGAAAUAAUUGGUAAUAAUAAAAGUUGAGACAUACUAAUUGACCAACGAAUAUCCAGCGGGAUUCCCCUUCCAUUGUUAGUUCCUCAAACAUAUUCGCAGUUAUUAUUCUAAGCUCAAGCAUAUUGAAGCUGCGGCACAGUUCAUGGAAGCAUGCGAGUAGAAUGUAAGAGUCAUGCUCAUGAACGUCGCGUUACUCCAAAAGCUCCCUCCCCAAAAUUUGUUGCACUACUUUUACUCAUCGAUUUCAAAGCUGAUCGCUCUCUGUACACUUGUGUUGUAUUUGUAUCGUUGCAAAGGUAUAUAACGUUAAAUAAAUUAAUAAAGAAGUCAUUUAAACAUCAAA